AAAGAAAGAAAGUUCUGUCGCUUCUCCACUAGAAAGGGCUCCUCCGUGCUCUCCUGCUCCUGCAGUUUUCUUCAUGUGUUUGGUCUCCGCUCGAGCUGGACCCAGCGCUUCGGAUCCUGCAGAAAGUGGGCUUUGCUUCUUUAAGACUCCCCUGAAGUUUGAGAUGCACACACGAGGGCUCGCGGCUUGGGUGGUCUCUCUACUUUGGUGAGCUGUUGCUAAGCAGCUAAUAAUAGUCGUGUUUGCUGAGUAAUUUUUGCCCUUCUGGAACCAAUCAGAGCCCAGGAACCCCGGCCAUCUGACAGCCCCGGAGGCGGGAUUUCGAGUGGUUUUGCCACGCCCUCCUCCCCUUCUCCGAAUGGAGAGUGAUCUUUUUUCACAUCUAUUGAAUCUCUCAGAGAUCGCCUUGUCGCGCGGCCUGAGGAGGGACCACAUAGAUCACAGAAUGCUUCAGCCACCGAGGGAUCGACGUUUCCACAGCAUCCACUUCGCCUUCUGAUAUCGCGAACUUUCCAGCGGACGGCGUGAAAGUGGGGAAUUGUUGGAGACCUCCAGAUUCGCGAAAUGUUGGAAUGGAAGGCGCAGACUCUGACUCGCCGUCUCAAACAGGAGUAUGAAGUGCUUCGCGGAUCUGGGAUCAACGAGAGACAAACUUGGUUUUCUUCGGAUAUCACUAAACGCUCGCGGGGAAAUACACUAGCGCGGAUAACGAGACGUUCAGCGCAGACUUUGCAACAUGGCCUCGGCUGUUAAUGUCUCCUCCGAGCAGGAAAACAGAGACCCCGAUCGGCCGAGGUUAACGCGGAGAAAUAGGGGCAACUAUCGGACCGCCGCGGCGGAUUUGGAGUAUUUGCAGCGGCCGAGCUAUUGCGAUGCUGCCUUUGCAUUGGAGCAGAUAUCAGAGGGGAAGGCGACCGGGAGGAAAGCGCCGCUGUGGUUGAGAGCAAAGUUUCAAAGACUUUUGUUUAAACUUGGCUGUUACAUACAAAAGAACUGCGGAAAGUUUUUAGUUGUGGGCCUUUUAAUAUUCGGAGCUUUUGCUGUUGGCCUAAGGGCAGCUAAUCUGGAGACGGACGUGGAGAAACUCUGGGUAGAAGUGGGUGGCAGGGUGAAUCAGGAACUCAAGUACACACGGCAGAAGAUCGGAGAGGAGGCCAUGUUUAGUCCUCAGCUCAUGAUACAGACGCCACGACAGGAAGGUGCUAACAUUCUGACCGUAGAGGCGCUAAAGCAGCACCUCGACUCUGCCAUAAAGGCCAGCAGAGUGCACGUUUACAUGUACAACAGGCAAUGGACAUUGGAACAUUUAUGCUACAAAUCAGGAGAACUUAUUACAGAAACCAAUUUUGUGGACCAGAUUAUAGAGAAACUGCACCCAUGUCUGAUCAUCACUCCUCUGGACUGCUUCUGGGAAGGUGCUAAGCUACAUUCAGGAACGGUCUACCUCCCUGGCAAACCCCCAGUGCAGUGGACCAACUUUGAUCCGAUGGGAUUCAUUGCUGAGCUGAAGAUGCUGAAGUAUUCGGUGGACAUCUGGGAGGAGAUGCUGGUCAAAGCAGAUGUGGGCCAUGGCUACAUGGACCGCCCCUGCCUGAAUCCCGCAGACCCUGACUGUCCAUUGUCCGCUCCCAACAAGAACAUGACACGGCCUUUUGACGUGGCUCGUGUUCUGACUGGUGGCUGCUAUGGGCUUUCCAAAAAGUACAUGCACUGGCAGGAGGAGCUUAUCGUAGGUGGGACCAAGAAGAAUGACAGCGGCAAACUUCUGAGUGCACAGGCUCUUCAGACCAUGUUCCAACUCAUGACCCCAAAGCAGAUGUACGAGCACUUGAAGGGCUACGACGAAGUUUCGCACAUCAACUGGAACGAGGACAAAGCAGCUGCCAUAUUAGAGGCCUGGCAGAGGAGAUACUCUGAGGCCGUCCAGCAGAGUGUGACGGUAAAUUCGUCUCAGAAAGUUCUCACGUUCACCACCACCACCCUGGAAGACAUCCUUAAGUCCUUCUCUGAUGUCAGCGUGAUCCGUAUCGCCAGUGGCUACCUCUUAAUGCUUGCCUAUGCGUGUCUGACCAUGCUGCGGUGGGACUGCGCCAAGUCUCAGGGGGCGGUCGGGCUGGCCGGAGUGUUGCUGGUCACUCUUUCUGUCGCCGCUGGACUGGGACUCUGCUCGCUUUUGGGCAUCUCCUUUAACGCCGCUACCACACAGGUGUUGCCGUUCCUGGCCCUUGGUGUAGGGGUGGACGAUGUCUUUCUCCUGGCUCAUGCUUUCAGCGAGACUGGCCAGAACAAGAGGAUUCCAUUCGAGGACCGCACUGGUGAAUGUCUGAAGAGGACUGGGGCUAGUGUAGCCUUGACCUCCAUCAGUAAUGUCACAGCAUUUUUCAUGGCUGCCCUUAUUCCAAUCCCAGCACUCCGAGCUUUCUCCUUACAGGCUGCAGUGGUUGUGGUGUUUAACUUCGCUAUGGUGCUGCUGAUCUUUCCUGCCAUCCUCAGCAUGGACCUGUACCGCCGAGAGGACCGCCGCUUUGACAUUUUCUGCUGCUUUGUUAGCCCUUGUGCUAACCGGGUGAUCCAUUUAGAGCCGCAGGCAUCGUACGGCGACUCCUCCGCCGACUCGAGCCGCUACAGCCCUCCGCCCUCCUACAGCAGCCACAGCUUUGCCCAGCACACCCAAAUCACCAUGCAGUCCACUGUACAGCUGCGCACCGAGUACGACCCCAGAACACAAGCCUACUACACCACAGCCGAGCCCCAUUCUCACAUCUCCGUCCAACCCUUUGCCCCAAAUCCCAAUCCCAACCCCAACCGCAACAACAAUAACAACAACAACCGCAACAACAGCAGCGCAGGGCCAGGAGCGGCUUCUGAUACGGCGUCCUGCCAGAGUCCUGAUGGCGCUAGCUCCACACGAGACUUGCUAUCUCAGUUCGGGGAGUCGAGUUUACGCUGCCUGGAACCACCGUGUUCACGAUGGACAUUUGCAUCAUUUGCUGAGAAUCAUUAUGCACCGUUUUUACUGCAGCCUACAACAAAGGUGGUGGUAAUUUUGCUCUUCUUGGCACUACUCGGGGUCAGUCUGUACGGCACCACCCGUGUCCGGGACGGUUUAGAGCUGACUGACAUUGUGCCUAGAGAGACGGGCGAAUACGACUUCAUCCGUGCCCAAUUCCGCUACUUUUCCUUCUACAACAUGUAUGUGGUUACCCAGAGAGCGGACUACGCACAGAUCCAGCCUCAGCUCUAUGAGCUGCACCAACGCUUCGGCACUGUGAAGUACGUCCUGCGGGAGGAGAACGGCCAGCUCCCACACAUGUGGCUGCAUUACUUCAGAGAUUGGCUGCAAGGUCUGCAGGAGGCAUUCGAUAAGGACUGGCAGGCCGGUAGGAUCACUCAGGGGAACUACAGGAACGGCUCUGACGAUGGUGUCCUGGCCUACAAACUCCUGGUGCAGACUGGCCGCAGGGAUAAGCCAGUCGACAUCAACCUGCUAACCAAACAGCGGUUGGUGGGUGCCGAUGGAAUCAUCAACCCAAACGCCUUCUAUAUUUAUUUAUCUGCCUGGGUGAGCAAUGACCCGGUGGCCUAUGCCGCAUCCCAGGCCAACAUCCGUCCUCACCCUCCCGAGUGGCUCCAUGACAGGACAGACUCCAUUCCCGUCAGCAGACUCAACAUUCCUGCUGCUGAGCCCAUCGAAUAUGCACAGUUUCCCUUCUACCUCAACGGGCUUCGUGAGACGCCACAGUUCGUGGAGGCCAUCGAGAGUGUCCGCGCCAUCUGCAGCAACUACAGCCGUCAGGGCCUGCCCAGCUACCCCAAUGGCUACCCCUUCCUCUUCUGGGAGCAGUACGUAGGCCUGCGUCACUGGCUCCUGCUGUCCAUCAGCGUCGUGCUGGCCUGCACCUUUCUAGUGUGCGCCGUCUUCCUGCUCAACCCCUGGACUGCGGGAAUCAUAGUGUUGGUGCUGUCUUUGAUGACGGUGGAGCUGUUCGGCAUGAUGGGAUUGAUCGGCAUCAAGCUCAGCGCCGUGCCUGUCGUCAUCCUCAUCGCUUCUGUUGGCAUCGGUGUGGAGUUCACCGUCCACGUGGCACUGGCGUUCCUCACAGCUAUCGGGGACAGGAACAAAAGAGCUGUUCUAGCACUUGAGCACAUGUUUGCCCCAGUGUUGGAUGGAGCGUUUUCCACCCUGUUAGGAGUCUUGAUGCUGGCAGGGUCAGAGUUCGACUUCAUAGUCAGGUAUUUCUUUGCUGUUUUGGCCAUCCUAACAGUAUUAGGGGUCCUGAAUGGACUGGUGCUGCUCCCAGUCUUGUUGUCCUACUUUGGCCCUUAUCCUGAGGUAUCUCCAGUGGAUGGACGAAGCCGUCUGCCCACCCCGUCUCCAGAACCUCCCCCACAGGUGGUCCGCUUCACCACGCGGCCCAGUCACACAUCACCUGGAGCAGGUUCAGCAGACUCCUCAGACUCAGAAUACGGUUCCAACACUACUGUGUCUGGCAUUAGCCAAGAGCUUCAGCAAUAUGACCUCCAGCCCAACAGGGGGCGAUCAGCCAGACUGGAGGAGGUACAGAUUGCCACAGGGGGGCGGCAAGGCAGUCGUCAAGUUGAACUGCCAAUGUUUCCUUCUCACUCAGUGAGUAGAGCGUUUAUAUCUCUAAAUGUUUUACAUAAAAACAAUGAACUAACAAUGUUACAAUGGUUUCCACAGGAUGACUCUAGACAGCAGCAACCGCAGCGGCAUUACAGGUCUACCCAUCUUCCAAGUUCUCAGGAUGCUGGACCUCAGUCGUCAAAGCGAUACUGUAGCAGGGACCCUAAGAGGGACCUUGGGAGCGGACACCCGCCUCCCCCUCACAGGCCGCGCAUGGAUGCUUUUGAAACCGCUACUGAGCCAGGUGGCCGUUCGGGCCCCAACCACCGGGAACGUUCGGGGACCCAUCGCCCCCGUUCCCACAACCCCUACUCUCACCCUUCCCAUCCGUCCACAGGCCCUCCCUACUGUCAGCCCAUCACAACGGUGACGGCCUCAGCCUCGGUGACGGUCGCCGUUCAUUCGGGGAUGCCCGGCCAGAGCCCUGCCUACCCGUCCUACCCCUCCAAUGACAGCUAUCACACUUCAGAAGAUGUCUACACUGACCCUCACUUCUCCGACCCUCACGUGCCCUUUGACGAGAGCAACGACAGCUCAAAAGCGGAGGGCAUGGAGCUGCAGGAUCUAGAAUAUGACACUCCCAAUGUCUGCCACACAAGACCCUCCAGCUGAGUGGUUGAAUGUUGAAGCUCAAACAGCCAAAGAUGGGACAUCUGUCUGCCAGCGUGGCAGAAACAUGGUGCUGCAUGACGGGGACACUUUGACCAGCGGCGCCAUUUCGGUGCUUGACUCUGUUACUGUAUAACCCUGGUGUAUUAUUGUUAGAUAUUUCUAAGUAUUUAUGUGUACACAAAUGUAAAUAAUGAAUGAGAGUAGCUAUAAUUUGACCGGGGUCGUCAAGUGCCCACCCAUCAUUUGGGUAUCUGUGCCAUAAGGAAACUUCAUUCUUGACAAACAUUUCAGCAUACAGUCGUUGCUGCUUAUGAUAUUGUUGUAAUGUUUGUAUAAUGCUAUGCAAUUAUUUUCUCUAAUUUUAUAGAACUGUGCGUGUGAGUUUGAAAAUGUAUAGUUUUUGUUGUUGUGUGUGUGCAUGCAUGAAUAUUUUGGUCCAUGUCAGGCCCCCUAGACCCCUGUUUCCACCUGAUAUUGAGAUGCGUUUUGGUCGAUCGGAUCACAAGUGGAUGAUGCUAAAUACAGGUGUAAAUGAGGUGUAAAAUGUUUCGAGCUUGUCCACUUUUUUGCUUUCGUAAUUGAAACGCUUAUGUGGUCGAAUGUGUUCGAACGGCCACUAAAGUCCGCCUACUGAAUGUGUAAACAUUAUGGAAAGCGCAUUAGCCAGGCGGGAUUUAAACUUUGUUAAUAAGUUCGAUUUGAAGACAAAAAACAUACCAAGCACAAUGUUCUCUCACCAUUCCUCAUUUUUAAACACGCACUGACCGCGUUCGGCGUGGUCUUGCGGCUGUCAGAGCAGAACCGAAAGAUGCUGCUCUCGUUAUGUUUUUCCGUUGUUUCUGGGAGCGUUCAUAUGUAAAUCGCGCAAGUUUAAUUUGUCCAUUAGAUUGAAAGAUCUGAAAAAACCCUUACAUUGAUGCAAAACCUCAAAGAAAUCAGGACAGAAGUGGCGGAUUAAAAUACCAGGUGUAAACGGGAAUGUGUCUUCCUCAUCCACUUGUGAUCCGAUCGAGCAAAACGCAUCUUAAUGCAAGGUGGAAACAGGGACUCAGAUGCAUAUUAACUAACAAGAACAAACACUAAGUGACCUAACAAAUAUGUUGAAUGAUUUUGUGGCAGUUCCAUUGCACUUACGGUACACUUCUGUUCAGAACACCAGUACAAAACUGCACAGAUGCUUUCACUUUCAGAGGACACAUUCAGGGAAAUUAUAUUUGUUCAGACAUAUGCUAGAACAUGUAGAACUUCACAUUAAUAUCCAGUCGUUUGCCGACAAGCAUCAGAUGUUUAAGCGUGCGUGCGGAUGUUUGCGUUUUGUGUAUAUUGAAGCGUUAGAGUUUAUGCUUUUUAAUGUUAAUUUGCUUAUCACAAACCUGUGGUAGUUGGAAAAAAAAAACAAAUACUGUUUAACAAUGAAACACGCUAUGCGUGAGAAUUUAGCUGAGCAGAAAUGAAGAAGGAAAUGAGUGAUUGUUGGGUGACUGUGCCUCUGUUUUUUUUCUGUCCUUUGUACUGGAACUCUCUCUGGUCUCUUGUGUCUUCAUAUUCCAGUUAUUUACUGUAAAACGGUCAUUUGUGGCCACCCUAAAUUUGCUCAUGACUCCAACUUUGCAUUACUAAAGUAAUGUAAUGUGACGGUUCUUUCGGGUUUCCAUUGUAACGUUUUGUUUGUUUGUUUGUUUGUUUUUAUGGUACGGCAUUAUUUCUGUUUGAUCAUGGUUUAAGCUAAAACAUUACUGUUAAAACAAUAUCCGCUCUGAUUCUGGUGAUGUAACUUUUUUUUUGUCUUAUUUUUUGUUUUAAUAAGCUAAGCUAACGAGCAAUCUCAAGGUGUGCGUCGCAUAACAGCCUAUCAUGACGAUGGUUUUUGUCAAUUCGUUGACCUCCUCAAUGACAAACCACAACUACUGGCCCUAAUUUAGCACGAGCAGUUCUCUGCGCUGACCUCACCUCAUAAAAAUCCACAACAUAACGCUGUGACACUAAUUGGACGUUCCCCCUCGACUGCCAAAUGGUGCAUGCGAGUGCUUUAAGGGUCAAGGGUCGUGGAGCCCCCACUCCUCCAUGGCUCUGAAGCUGGCAUAUGUGUCUUUAAGAGUAUGUUUGUGUGUUUGCUGCGACCCCCUCAUCCAGAUUGACUUCCUGUCAAACAUAUGUUUGUUCUUGACAAAGACUUUGAGAGCUGUUCUGUGUUGUUUGUUUGUUGUGUUUGUGUUCUCCUACAUGUCACAUUGGCAGAAAUGGGAGAAAAUCAUGGCUGGCAACUAUUGUAAUGUUUAUAUAUAUAUAUAUAUAUAUAUAUAAUAUAUAUAUUCUAUUUUUUUUUUUUUUUUUUUUUUUUUACAUUUGUUUUGCAAUAUUUAUAUUUUUGUAUAAUAAGAUGUUUUGUUCAAUAAUGGUCAUAAUGCCAGUUCUUAACAAUGCAGGGAUUUCUACGUCUGUCGGAAAACACUAUUAUUACAGUUUCUUUGUUACAUUAAUGGAUUUUGAUCUGUAUAAAGUGCUUACUAAUGUUAAAUAGGAAAAAAGAGUAUAUAACAUUUACCUUAAAGAUUCAUCAUAGCUCUUAGAGGAAUUUAAAAGGAAAAAAUGUUUUUGUUUUUUUUACAGACUGCCAUUUUUUUCCUUGUUUUGGCGUGGAUGUAUGUCGUUUUCAGUUACAAAGAUAAAUGUAUGCCAUAUAAUUUAUUUAUAUGAAAAUUUAUUUUUGUAGUGUAUAUAGUAGUUGUCAAGUUAUUUGACAGAAGUAUAUUUUUAAAGAGUUUAUAUGUAAUGCUACCGUUUUUGUGAGAACAUAACUGAGAAGACAUUAAGAUGCACACUUUCAUUGCUAACUUGUUCUCUGACAACUAAGGUUCCCCUGUUACAGUGUUAUAUAGACGAGAGUGAGUCCAUUCUGAAGACUGUUUUUGGGUUUUGUGAAAAGCUAGCCAUGAAAGUAGAACAAAUGUACUAGCUCUCUAAAUAAUAAUGUUCAAACACUGAUAGAAUUCUAACAAAUAAAAAUAUUAUAACUUAUUUGUCUCUUUGCUAUACAUUUAAUAAAUGAUUCUUCAAAAUGUA